AUGGCUUCAGCCUCUAAGACGGCGGCGCGAUUAAAAUGCAAUCCACCUAUACUACCGAGUGCCUCAUCCAUUCGAGCUGUCAAAUCUCGGUACAAGGUUGGCGAUCAAGUCAAUAUCACAUGUAACGACGACCCUGAUUGGUUUGUGUGGGAAUGCAGUAAUGAUGGCAUGUGGCGUGGGGAGCCCAUAAUGUGCUCACCAAUCCGCCCAGCACCUAAUGAUGAAAACCCUGGAGCUCCAGCACCCAUAAUAAACCAAGUCAACGGAACUAGCAAACGAGAAUUCUUUAUCACUGGCCUCCUUGUAACAGCCGUCAUUUUGUUUAUCGUUGUUCUAAUGAGCUUGGCGAUGUUCUUCAUUUUUGUGAGAAAUCGUGGUUAUGGCUUGGUAUCAUCAUCAAAAGAAGAGAUCAAUGGGAAAGGAGAAAGAGGACCGCUACCUGAAGUUCCUGAAGGAUAUGCAAACUAUGUUGCUGGUGAACAAUCCCUCUACGUUGAACCUUACCUCAAGCAAAACGGAGAUCCAAGCCCCAGCUACGAGGUCUACGAAAAACCAGUCUGAAUUAAUUGCGUGAACUGAAACCACCUCUUUGUAGAGAGAAACUGAAGUGAUUUCGAUUUGUGUAUACAAUUGAAGCAUCUCCAGAUCUUCUCACUACAUUGUGUUGAUAAUAUUUAUAUUUUGCUUAGCUUUUAAUUACUGUUUAAUAUCCGGAAGCUUUGGAUUUGUGAGAAGGGAUGUUUUUGUGUAUCCAUGUCAUUGUGCAACCUAGGUCUAUAUAUUUUUCCGAAAAGUGAAGUAUGCGUUCCUUUGUGGAAAAGGUAAGACUUAUGGCAAUUUCAUAGUGAAAGUUAUUUAUUAAACCAUAAUCCCCCCAUUAAUAAAUUGCUUUAUUGUUCGUUUCCUAAUUAUUACGUCCAGGAAAUUUCUCCUACAUGUAUAACUAAUAUAUAUCAUAAAACAUAUAAAGUUGAUGCACCAUAGUGUAUAUGAGUAAGUGUGUGUGGAUGUACGGAACUUUUAUGAUUGUAGAGUGAAAAACGUUUAAACUUAGUUUCCCAAAUUAAUUAUUCAAAACAAAACUUACAAUGUAUUUAAUCUGUAACACGGUUAUAAAUAUCUAUUGUGCAUGUUGUAGGAAGAUACGCCACAGAUGAUU